AUGAGCGAUGCCGUUCUCGCUCCGGAGGCUCCGCUAUUCAGCAUCAGCCAUGGGAGCUGUGAAGCUCGCGUUGGUCACGUAAAUGUGGCAUUCGAUGAGCCGAGCAACGCCUCCAGUCAGGAAGGCGGCACAUCCUACCCGGUCGAGCUCAGCCCAGAUCCUGACCCAAUUGACCCCGCACAGAAGCUGGCUGUGGAAGUAAAUCGUGUCCGAUUCACUUACGAAUACGGCAAUCAGGAGAUGGAGGUUCUGAAAGGAAUCAAUCUCUCAGUGCCUGCAGGGAAAAUCUACGGGCUCCUCGGACCAAGCGGCUGUGGGAAAACGACUCUGCUGAAGUGUAUCGUUGGCCGGAAGACACCCCAUGCAGGCAUGGUUCGGGUAUUCGAUGAGGUACCCGCGACACCAGGAGCAUUGAUCCCGGGUCCAGGAGUUGGCUACAUGCCACAGGAGUCUGCUCUAUACCGUGAAGAGACGAUCCACGGAAAUCUACAUCACUUUGGGCAGCUCAUUGGAAUGCCCGAAGAGCUCAUACAGAAGCGUAUCCAGUUCCUCCUCGACUUCCUGGAUCUCCCCAAAAUCAAGAAGAAGGUCGGAAAACUCUCUGGGGGUCAACAGAGACGAGUUUCACUUGCAGUCGCUCUGAUCCAUGAGCCCCCACUCUUGAUUCUCGACGAACCAACGGUCGGCGUGGACCCGCUGCUCCGUCAAGCGAUUUGGAAGUAUCUCGUGACGCUCACCCGCGAUCGAGGGAUGACCGUUAUCGUUACAACUCAUUACGUCGAAGAAGCCCGUCAGGCGGACGUCGUUGGUCUCAUGAGGUCCGGUCGAAUGCUAGCCGAAGAUUCUCCUGAGCGACUCCUGGAGGAUUUCCAUUGCGAAACCCUCGAAGACGUAUUCCUGCAAUUGUGCCUCGCGGAUAAGGAGGAGCGUGCAAUCACAGACCCCCGAGAGAUGCCCGAGGUGAUUGGCGAGAAAAACGACGAUGACACCGUUGCAUCCAUGGAAGUCCAAGAAGAAGUGAGCGAUCCAUACCCUCCUCGGCAGGCACAGACCGCUUUCGAGGCGGUGAAGCGACACCGCGAAGCACUCUGGGAAGCUUCAUCACGAGAGCGGAUAGUUGCUCUCGUGAGGAAAAACAUUAUCCGAUUGAGGAGUAGUAAGCCCUACCUCCUCUUCACUUUCCUUAUACCGUCCUUCGUCACACUCUUAUUCUGCCUCUGUAUCGGGGCCGACCCAUACGAGCUGCCUGUGGCUGUUGUCAACUCAGACCGGAAUCCAGUUCAUUCGAAUGCAUUCCUGAAGACCCUUCCUCGGCACACUAUUGUUCAGCGACUCUACUCGAACCUUGACCUCGCGCUCGCCAGUGUGGCGCGUGGGGAAACUUGGGGCUCCAUACAUAUACGGCAAGACUAUUCGAGGGAGCUGAAGUAUCGAUUUAUUUCGGGAAUCGACGCCGACAACAAGACCCUGGAAGCGUCCACGAUCGACGUGUACAUGGACAUGACUAAUCUGCAGAUUGGCUUCAUUCUUCAGAAGACCAUACUCGAAUCUUUCCGCACAUUCUGUGAGGAUCUCCUGAGAGAAAUGGACAAGAAUGUCAAUUUGGCUCAACUUCCGAUUCAAAUCAAGGAGCCCGUCCACGGUGACAGGAAAUCAAACGCUACCGCUAGGACUUUCAUGACGCCCGGGAUUAUUCUCGCGAUCAUGUACAUCAUGGCCGUGCCGCUGACCGCCAUAUCGAUAAUCAUGGAAAAUCGCGAAGGUACCACGGACCGCUGCUGGGCAGCUGGCGUCAAGCCUCUCGAGGUCAUUGUUUCUCUCGUGGUGUCCCAGUCCUGCAUCGUAUGCGUGCAAUUAGUUUUGCUAUUCGCACUCGUUUUCAUCGGUUUCCAAACUCCCCUCGAGGGCUCAUUAACACUCGUCGUCCUCCUGACCUUCUUGCAAGGCACCACUGGGAUGAUCUACGGACUUCUUAUUUCAUCCAUUUGCGCUGAGGAACAAUCCGCGAUGAUGUUGGCGGUCGGCACGUUCUUCCCGAAUCUCCUCAUGAGCGGUGUAAUUUGGCCGAUCCAGUCGAUGCCACGUGUGGUUCGAGCAGUCGCUUACGGACUGCCUCAAACGAUUCCCAUCGAAUCGCUCCGCUGUAUAAUGUACCGCGGAUGGGGCAUAGACAAAUUCGAAGUAUGGAGCGGGUUUGUCAUAUCAAUCGGCUGGGCUAUUCUUCUCCUGCUCUUUACCCUCGCUGCUUCUAGAGCCAGAAAGUAG